GCGCCAAGAGGCCAGGGGUCUCUGGAUCAGCAUGAUGAAGACGCUGGGUAUUUUGGUUGCUUCUGCCCUGUUCCUGGGGUCCGCCUCGGCCGCCACUCUUGGAGUGGUGUACACUGAGGGAGGCAUGGUACAGGGGAAGAAGGUCAAUUCUGAUGGACUCUUCCGCACCAUGGACGUCUUCAAAGGAAUCCCCUACGCUGACAAGCCCGGCAUUUUUGAGAAGCCCAAGCGUCACCCUGGAUGGGAUGGUGUUCUUAAGGCUACUGAGUUCAAGCCGAGGUGCAUGCAGCUGAACCUGCUCCAGUCUGACACCCGAGGCCAAGUGGACUGCCUUUUCCUGAACAUCUGGGUCCCUCAGGGCCUCAGCGUUUCCACUGGUCUGCCAGUCAUGGUUUGGAUCUUUGGAGGUGGUUACCUGGUUGGAGGCUCUAUGGGCGCUAACUUCCUGGAUAACUAUCUGUAUGAUGGGGAGGAGAUUGCAAACAGGGGCAACGUCAUCGUGGUGACUCUGGGUUACCGUGUGGGCACCCUGGGCUUCCUCAGCUCUGGAGAUGCCAGCGGACCUGGUAACUAUGGUUUGUGGGACCAGCAUGCUGCCAUUGCCUGGGUGAACAGGAACAUCCGCGCCUUCGGAGGAGACCCCAACAACAUCACCGUCUUCGGAGAGUCUGCCGGCGCUGCUAGCGUCAGCUUCCAGACGCUCUCUCCCCAUAACAAAGGGCUGAUCCGCAGGGCCAUCUCCCAGAGUGGCGUUGCUCUCUGCCCCUGGGGCAUCAACAAGAACCCCCGUACCUUUGCAGAGAUGGUUGCUGAGAAGGUGGGCUGCCCCAUUGAUGAUCAGAUGAUGGCCUGCCUGAAGCUCAUUGACGCUAAGGAGCUCACCCUUGCCGGUACCCUGUCCCUGAGUGGUUCUCCCUCCACCCCCAUAGUGGACAACUUGGCCCUCUCCCCUGUGAUCGAUGGGGACUUCCUGCCUGAUCACCCAGGCAACCUGUUCCACAACGCUGCUGACAUUGACUACCUUGCAGGGGUCAACAGCAUGGAUGCCCACCUAUUCACUGGCUUGGAUGUACCCGCCGUCAACAAGCCAAUCGAGAGCGUCCCUCUGUCAGAUAUGAAACUGCUCCUGGGUGCUUUGACUAAGAAGGGAGAGGCCGCUAUCAACAGCGCUUUCACAGAGUACACGGCAGACUGGGGAGAUAAGCCCAGCCAGGAGGCCAUCAAGAAGGCUGUUGUUAUGAUCGAGACUGACUUCAUCUUCCUGGUUCCUACCCAGGUUGCUCUCUAUCUGCACGCCUCCAAAGCCCAAUCUGCACGCACCUACUCCUACCUGUUCUCAGAGCCCAGCCGCAUGUCAGGGAUAGUCCUACCUUUCCCCAGCUGGAUGGAGGCUGACCACGCUGAUGACCUGCAGUUUGUGUUCGGCAAGCCCUUCAGCACGCCCCUGGCAUACUGGCCCAAGCACCGCAACGUCUCCAAAUACUUUAUCGCCUACUGGACCAACUUCGCCAGGACCGGAGACCCCAACAAGGGGGAGUCCAAUGUGCCUGUGACCUGGCCUGCAUACACCACCUCUGGGCAAAAAUACCUGGAGAUCAACGCCAACAUGAACAGGAACUCCGUCCAUGAGAAGAUGAGGAUGCGCUUUGUGAACUGGUGGUCUAACACCUUACCCAGCCUUCCCUCCGUCUGAGGUAGCUCUGAGGUAGCUCUCACUAAGCACAGGCUCCCCGAUGCAUAAUUGACAUCAUGCUACAUUCACAGCUAUACAAAUUGGUUGUGUUAUGUCACAAAUAAAUGCAAGGCUACUAGUACCACCAGAUGGAUUUCUGAUUGUAACCAUUUUUUCUUCAUAAGUAAAUGAAUGCAAUUAAGACGUCCACC